UUGUAGUGUGUGUGUCUGCAUUUUCUUAAAAAAAUUCCAGUGAUACUUUCCUCCUCACCUCACAGAAAACACUGCAUCCUAUUUUUUCUCCUCUGCAAAUAUCUUCCUUUUAAACCUAAGUUGGUCGUCACUUUGUCUCUCCUCUAUUUAGCAUGUGACCUCCCUAGGGUUUUCGAUUUUCUUCAUUCUCUUUUUUUUUUUUCUUUACACCUUCAUUUGUGGGUGUUUUUAUUUUACCCAAAAACAAAAAGAAAAAAAUUAAAAAACGCGUCAAUAAAUUCAAUUUUCGACAACGAAUUCAAAGCUCUCGUUCGCAGAAAUCUUCAUCAGAUUGCCCCCUUUUCGUCAGACCCUCGUUAUCUGGAGGAGGCAAACAUCAUGUCUGAUGUGCAAUCAAAAAGCUACGUCAAUCUGCUGAAGAAAUACAAUCAUGUCAAAUUAACAAUCUAUGAACAAUGUGGUGAAGAUAAUAUAAAAAGCAGUAAUAAAUUAAAUUAUCAAAUUUCAUUCACCAUUAUUACUUUUAAAAAUUCCAUUUUAUUUAUAAAAAAAAAUUAAAAAAAAUCCAUACAUAUUCUAAAGUUGUUCUUACAUGUGUUUGGCUUAUUUUGGCUUUGUUGAACUGUUUAUGUUGUUCUUACAUGUGUUCACGUUGUAUUUUGUUGAACUUUGUUUUGGAUUACUUGAAUUUUGCUAGACAAUUUCGAAAAAAGAUUUAGAGAAGUUCGUAUUAUAUCCGUAUUUAGAACAAUACAUUAAGAAUUGAUAUGCAGUUUCUGGGAUUUACGAAAUUCUGGCGAGUACGAGGCAUUCUAGAAUUGGAAUGGAUUUUUGAAUUCCAAUUUGUUUUUGAACGAUAAGUGAAACGCAUCUUUAACUUCCGGAAAAAAAAAAAAAUAUUUCCUAAGAAGCCAUUUCCUAUCCGCCUCGUCCGACUUUCACCCUACACAUGUGUAAUUACUAGUAGGGUUAUUUGUGGGUUGGGUUUGGUUGAUUAUCGGCCAACAAACCAACCCCCGAUCCACAAACUGACUUUGUAAAUAUUGAGAACAUGUUUGAAAUUAAUUUUCCAGUUCUAUUUUUUUCGAAUAAUAUUUAAUUAUCAGUGGGCUUUCACAGACUGUUUUGCUCAUGCUACCGCAUCGUUGGUAUCUUUUGAGAUACAACGGGUCAAUCGAUCUUAUAGAAACUAUGAAGCUUCAAUUUAGCAUAUAGUAGAUCAAACUUUCAAAUCAAAGGUAGAUGGAGUCGUAUCCUUGUACAAAUAUUUUGGACCAGGUGAUGAUGAUUAUGAAUAUUGCGACGAAAGCGAUAUGACCUUUUAUGAUUGUGACGCGAUUGCACCAUUGUCUUAUGUGCAACGCUAUGGGGUGUGUCUUGCAUCGGAUCAUCCGUAUCUUUUAGGCGCUUUUGAUAGAAAUGCUCAGUCCCCCAUUGUUUCCGAGAAGAUUAAGGUACGGAAAAUCGUACUUCUCGGAGGAAGUCACAUUGAGGCCAAGAAAGCCAUUGACCGGGGACAUCCCUUCAUUGGUGGGAUUACUGUGUUUCCUGACUUGGGAACUUUUGAGGGAAAGGGUAUCUAUCGGAACAAGUUGAAAAAUAAAAAUAAAAAUUGGGCGCGGCAUGCAGUUUUGGUUGUAGGAUAUGGUGUGACUUUUAGCGGGGAGGAAUAUUAUAUAGUUCAAAAUUCCUGGGGAGACGACUGGGGGGACAAUGGAUUAGGGAAAAUUAGUUGUGAACUAAUUGACCCACAAGUAUUCGUUGAUGAGGCUUACGUUGAGAUGUCUUGAGCUACCAAAAUGGAUUCUUUGAAUGACCAAGUAUUAAUGGAAGCAAGUGCAUCAAAUUGACAAGUUCUUUUGAGUAUUUAUUAUUUAUUUUGCUAUAUUGACUUGAGUUGUGUUUGUAGUAAGUCUGUUCGAAAUAUUUUUCUAGAUUUCUGUGAGUUUAAAAUUUGAUGGAUUCUCUUUAUCAAUCAUGCAAGAUUUGAUUUGCCUAUCUUGCUGCCUACAUGGUCCCAGUCAUGUUGGAAUACAUACA